AUGGACGAAGACUCGGAAGGGAACAUCUUCGAGUCCGAUCUCUCCGACGAUGACGACGACGCCUUCAUGGGCGAUGACACGCACGCUACUGGCUUGGACGACGACGACGACGAUGCGCAAGACUUCGGCGAAUAUGAGGAGGACGACGAUAUAGGAGGGCUUGGUGCAGAUGGUGGUGACGCUAUGGUCAGCCCUAGCGUUGGAGAUGAAGGGGAUGCUGUUUUCUUUGGCAGCCAAGACAUUGGUCGGGCGCGAAAAGCUUCGUACGAGGUCGACUAUAAAAGCCACACCAUCGCCAGCAUUGAAGCACUUCAGCAGAAGGAGAUCGAUCAGAUCUCAGCCAUGUUCAAUGUCAAGGACACUGACGCAGCAAUUCUGCUACGACACAUGAGCUGGAACAAGGAGCGUCUCAUCGAGCGGUACAUGGAUGCACCAGAAGAUGUCAAAUAUGAAGCAGGUGUCAUGGACGAUCCAGCGCGACCACGUAUCCUGCAAAUGACAUACGACGACGACUUUACCUGCGAAGUUUGCUAUACCUCCACCGAUGAACUACCAGCCACUAGUACCCCCAAGGGCAAGAGCGCAACGAAAAGCAAGGCAAGAAGCGCUGACGUACCACCCCCAGAUGGCCAGCCGUUCGUUUCGACACUCGCGCUCGGGUGUGGACAUCGCUUCUGCAAGAACUGCUACUCUGAGUACAUGCUGCGCAAGAUCAGGGAAGAAGGCGAGAGCAGGCGCGUGCAGUGUAUGGAUGACAAGUGCAAGCUCGUCGUCGAUGAGAGGACUGUUAGCUUGCUAGUAACGCCGGACAUACUCGAAAAGUACAGGACGCUCUUAAAUCGCACAUUUGUCGACGACUCGGGCAUCAUGCGCUGGUGUCCCGCGCCGAACUGCGAGCUUGCUGUCGAGUGCCACGUAUCGCAGAAGAAGCUCAGCCGCGUUGUGCCAUCAGUCAAGUGUGGGCAAGGACACGAAUUCUGCUUUGGCUGUGGGAAUGAGACGCACGCGCCAGCUGUGUGCCCGCUUGUCAAGCUCUGGCUUAAGAAGUGUGCAGAUGAUAGUGAGACUUCAAAUUGGAUCAAGGCGAAUACGCAAGACUGCCCGAAUCCAAAGUGCAACUCUGUGAUCGAAAAGAAUGGCGGGUGCAACCACAUGACUUGCCGGAAGUGCAAAUACGAGUUCUGCUGGAUCUGUGAAGGACCCUGGUCUGAGCAUGGAACGAGUUGGUACAACUGCAAUCGAUUCGAUGAGAACAAGGCCAAGUCAAAGGACUCGAAGAACAGCUCAAGGCUCUCGCUCGAGCGGUAUCUGCACUACUACAAUCGCUAUAUCAACCACGAGCAAUCAGCACGCCUGGAUGAGAAUCUCGUCGCGCAGACGCAGAAAUCGAUGGACGCCAUGCAAGAAGCAGGCGUGCUCACGUGGUCAGAGGUGCAGUUCCUUAGCAAGGCCGCGGCGUCGGUGACCGAGUGCCGGAUGACGCUCAAGUGGACGUACGCUAUGGCCUACUAUCUCAAGUGCGACAACCAAACCGAGCUGUUCGAGGACAACCAGCGCGACCUGGAGCGCGCGGUUGAGCAGCUGUCCGAGCAGCUGCAAAAGCCGGUGCAGAAGGACACGAUCCAGCAGCUGAGGCAAGAGGUGACAGAUUUGAUGGUGUACGUACAGAAGAGGCGCGAAAUCGUGCUGGCCGACACGGCGGCUGGAUACCAGGAAGGCAGGUGGGAGUUCGUCGUGUCUGUCUGA